UCCGAAAAUAUCUCGCCCCUUCACACUCUCCCACUACACUGUCGAAUGUACGGAAGGUCGAGAUCAUCAGAUCUGAUCUUCAAGUAACCCUCUGUUUGUUUCGCGAGAAAACGAAGGAAAAAAAAAAAAAUAGUCAAGUCACACAGCAUGCUCUCUUUUGAGAGGGUAUCGGUUUGUGGGCAGUGACAGAUCACAGGAAUAAUGUCAAUGCCAAAAGGGUUGCUGCUGACAAAGGUGUAUUCAUUUCUUGGCGGCUCUGAGUUUUCCUGCAAGUAGUUUUCAAGGAAAACAUGGAUCAGAUACGGAACACGAUAAAGCGGCAUGAAGCAUUGUUCAAGGAACAGGUACAGGCUCUGCACAAGCUGUACAAUAUCCAGAAAUCAGCAAUGCAAGAAAUAGGAAGAAUUCACUCUCACGCCCAAAUUCUGGCUUGUAAUUCUAGGAGUUUUUUACUUGCAGAUGAUAGAUAUAGUGGUUCUGUUUUGGAUGGGAAACACCUGAGGCCAUCCUAUGCUACUGGUCAAGCUUAUAAGGAUGAGUCGCCAAAUCUUUCCUUGCACCCUUUCUAUGGAUUAGAUCAUAAAGGAUGUGGUUCAUCAUGUAUGGAUAGCAGAGGGGUAGAAACUCUUCAAACUGCUCAAAGCAAACCGAUCAGAAAUUUUGAUCUUGAAAAACUCCCAGAGGAGUAUAUGGAUGAAUCUGAGAAUCAGAUUGAGCCAAACAAGUCUAAAAUGUCAGAUGAAAAGUCCUUUUUGGUGAAAAGAAUGGCAAACACUGAUGGAGAUUCGUCUGUUGGACCAAAUUUAUCUGCCAUUCAAGUGGAUUCUCCAAGUUUGAAGCAGACUUAUCCGGAAGCAAACUUGAGAAUACUUUCAGUAAAUGGUCAAGAGAUCGUUCAAAAGUUUUUCCAAGAAUGUACCAUUGAAAUUAAAACAUCACAAGAUUUCCCAAGAAUGUUCUUGCCUGCAGUUGGCAAGUCAGCAUACCAGGAUGCAAGGCACAUCGAAAAGCAAACAUUGUUGCAUCAGGGCUCGUUGAAUUUCAUGACCCCCACAUGUAAUCCUGUGAAUUCUGGAAAAGAUGAUCCUGAAAAAGUCCCAGAGCAAGCCAAUGGUCUUAUUGUGGAGGGUCUUUUCCCAAAGGACCCUGCCAUCUUGUCUCAAGGUUCUUCAACCCUGCCAUAUAGUAAAGGAUUAUUGAACCAAAGGACCCUUUCCUUGAAAAAAAUUUCAGUUUCAGGAAAUCAAGAUUUGAAUUCAUUUCCUUUGACCUCACAAACAAGCACAGACAAUGAAGAUGAAAAUCCGAAUGACUCGGAUAAUGGAAGCAACAGCAUUCAGUCCCAAUAUAUGAAGAGCUGCAAGGACAAAGACAUUAGCAUUGACUUGAAGGAUACUUCUGGACUUGGUGAUGCUUGUUGUGAGGCGGUUCAGGCAAGCAAUGGUGGAGAAGAAACUGUUCAGUCAGAAUGUGAAGAAGCAGCUCCCCAUGUCAUCAAAGAUGGUUCCAACCCUUUGCUCUGCUCCACUCUUUCUGGUUCAGAAACCAAACACAUCGAUCAUAGUAUGUGUACAAACUCCAAAUCUACGACUGUGGCAUCCUCAGAAAAACCAGAUCUUGUGAGAGAAGGCAAUGAGCAUCUGAAAGAUAAAUCAGGUGUGUGUGAAACAUGUGAAAAUAUUGCUGCAGAGAUUUUGCUCAGUAUGGCACCCUGCACAUCACAAGUUGAUCAACAACUGUCUGGCACUCAAACAAAGGCUGAGCUGCUAAACUUCAGUUGUCAGAGAAGGCAUGCAAACAAUUUGCAAGGUGGUGGUGGUGGUGCAAGUGAAUCCAUAAAAUGGCCAAAAACUGUUAAUAGAAGGAGCACCAGGAGAAGACCCAGAUAACUAGUUUGCUAAAAUUUGGUCCAUGUAAAGUUCUUUACAAUCUCUCCUACAUAGAGAGCUUGAUUUCAUAUGGCUUGGAACAUAAAUACCAUUAAUGCUAUGUGAUCGUGCUCCUGUACAAAAGGUUUUUUGUUUAUGCAGUCUCUUAGGAAAUUAAAGCGGUUA